AUGCCUUGGGAUACUAGUGGUUCCCUUAUUCCGAUAAACGACGGUUGCGGCAAAUUACCUAGCAAGCAGCAACAGAACUGCUCGACAUGGCUUGGACAUGACUCCAGAUCGUUGGCAUUGACGCGUAAAACCACCGUACGACCGGAAAGAAAAUCGUGCCAGACUUCGUCGUCGAGCCGAAGUCGUCAGGUUCGUGGCUUUUCUUUCACCGUUUCCCUAAAGGCCACCUCGUUCCUUUCGUGA